UUGUCAAAGUCUGAGCUGCCUGUGGCACAUUUCCUGUUGUUGACAGUCGAGGAGCACAGCGCUGAGCUGCGUGUGAGGACUCGCAUUUUAUCAGCCGGAGAGCACACAGUCAGACGCUCUCAGAAAGCACCCUUUCACAGGAAGAGCUGCUAUCACUUCUCAGAUACACACAGACGCAGAGGAAACACUGAAGCUCUUGCAAACAGGAGCUGCUACAAACUGAUGGACUGACUCCCUCCAUCAACAGCCUGACUGAUGAAAACAAGCAGGAUCUCUCCUAUUUAAUCUGAUCUGAGGUCUGUUCAGAAAGUGGUAUGGUUUUGUUCUACAUGGGAUCGGAUAAAACCUCAUCUGUAGUCAUGCAGCCUGAGGACCCUGUUCGCCAGGACAUGCAGUUCUACUAUGUGGGUGACCAUACGUGGGCCACCAUGUUGGGGCAGAGCGUGAGGCUGCAGCCGGUCGCUAUACAAAGCCUCUCUGAGCUGGAAAGAGCCCGUCUACAGGAAGUGGCCCUUUAUCACUUGGAAAGAAGAGACCUGGACUUCAAAAUCAGCAUUCCUAGAGAGAUUCGUAAGAGGAGGAAAUCACUACGGAGAAAAUUUGACUCCUUCUCCAAAGAAAAGAAAGAUCGAGAGUCUGCACCGAAAGCGUUCAGCAUCCCUCUCUCCCAGGUAAUCGCAAAUGAUCUGGCAUACAAGCAGCGGCAGGAUGCCCUGAAAGAGAGCCGACGGGACUGUCUGGACCUGGAGGCCAGUGUUCUUCACUUCCGGGCAGAGAAAUGGCAGCAGAAUGGAAACCGUCCACUGGGGAAAACAGUAUUAUCACCUGGUGCGGCUUCCUCACCGGUGCUGGAGCUCCACAGCAAACCUCCCUUAUCGGCGUUCAUGGACAACACCUCACGCACACACAGACGGGGAGGGAUGUCGGUGGACUCCAUCUCUGAUAUGGUGGAGAGUCAGUCCAGAUUACUAGAAGCUCUGCAGCUUUCUCACCCCAAUGAGCUGGAGAUGAAGAAGGCAGCGGGUCGCGCACAGGCCAAACUCAGUCUCAACCCAAUCUACAGGCAGGUUCCCCGUGUGGUGGAGCGCUGCUGUAACCACAUCCAGACCUACGGAUUACAAACUUUGGGGAUUUUCCGAGUCGGCAGCUCCAAAAAAAGAGUCCGUCAACUGCGCGAGGACUUCGACAAUGGGAUAGAUGUGGUGUUAGACGAGGAGCACAGUGUUCAUGACGUGGCUGCGUUACUGAAGGAGUUCCUGCGGGACAUGCCGGACCCCGUGCUACCACGAGAACUGUACCGGGCCUUCCUGCACGCUAACCUGCUAAGAGGGGCAGAUCAGUUGUCAUACCUGCAGCAAUUGUUGUACCUGUUGCCGCCCUGUAAUUGUGACACUCUGCUGAGGCUGUUGACGCUUUUGCAUACAGUACAGGAGAACGCAAACAGCUCAACUGGACCCAACAAGCAGGAGAUUUCUGGUAAUAAGAUGACAGCAGCAAACCUGGCGGUGAUCUUUGGGCCCAAUCUCCUGCAGAAAGAGAGAGGAUCAGAGAGGGAGCUCAGUCCUCAGGCUCUAGGUAUAGAGGACAGCACCGCCGUCAUCUCCGUCACUCUGAUGCUCAUCCAGAACCACCAACAUCUCUUUACGGUGUCUGCAGAGCUGCAGCAGGAGGUGCUCAUGAGCCUCAUUCAGACGGACCCUGAUGUCAUUGACUAUCUGCUGCGCAGGAAACUCAGCAGUAGCAGCCUAACAGUGGAGCCGGACUCUGGUGGACGGAGGGACACUCAGUCAUCUCUGGACUCCAUGGGUCAGUCCAGUGAUGACCUUUCAUCCCGGGAGCCACUGUGUCCUCUUUACCCAGAGCAUUCUGCCAUAGGAAGUCUGAGCAGUGAGGUCUUGCUCAAUGUACUUCAUCUAAACACCAACAGGAAACGAUCCUCUGAGGUCCCAGCCAAGUCCAUUGUAAAAAUGAGGCAGUUUCAUUCCCACCAUAACCUGCUGAGUCUGACCCAGUCCUCCUCCAAUGCCCCGAGUGACGAGCGAGAGCUCCAGGAGCAGCGGCAGGCCAGCUCCAGGCACACCUGUCCAGAGGAGCGUCUUCAUUUCAGCCUGAGCCGGAAAGACAGCGGCUCUCAGCCACAGAGUCCUCGAGAGAGGGGCAUCUGGGUACGACAGAACUCCAACGCCUCCUCCACCACCUCAGACGACAGCAAGACGCCAAGCAACUUCUGGGACUUUUUCACUGGCAAGGUGUCCGGCUCAGAGACUAUAAUACCUGUUGUCAGAAGAAGUCCUUCGCUGCAAAAUUUCUUCAAUGACCACUCGCAGUCUGAGAAACGUUAGGUGAUAUGGAAGACUCUUUCUCUUUUCUUUUUGAAGAAUGGGGUAUUUUCUGAUAACUUGACUCUCUUUGGAGAACGCUCUCUGAACUCAUGGCAUCAUUGAACCACAAGGGGGGGAUAUUCACUGACGUCGACAUUACAUUGACGUAAGGAUUCAUAUAACUAGAUACUAGACAAAUUGACUAUUAAAUAUCUGAACACCUUGUUAGGUAAAAGAAAAGGCUGUAUUUCUUUUAUAAGAGCAAUGUUUUUCUGAGUGAACACUGGCAAUUCUUUAGUUGGCAGUAGUAGAAACACCUAUCACCAAAUGCCAAAUGAACUUACCCAUGCACUUCUCAUUAAGAAACACUUCGUUCAUUUUGACAAAAGGACUAAUAUUGGACUUUAAGCUGGAGCCAAACCUUCUUUGCUCACAAGUUGAAGAUCAAGGUAGUUUCAUCAGUUCUUAUUUGCUAUUAAAUCAUUUUCUAUUCGAUUUCAGUCACUUUUGUACAGAUUUUUAAAGGUGCAUUCUGUAGCUUUAGCUUUAGCAUGGCUGUUCAUUGUGUACUAAUGACGCAAUGCUGUUAGAAAUUGACAUUAACCUGCUAAUAAUAAUACUUGUAAGGGUAUAUAUUAUCUUCCAAGUAAACCAAAAUAUCCAUCUUUUCAUAUGCAUUUUUGCGAUUUUCUCCAUUACAAAUCUGUCCACCUGUUUACUUAUUAUACUGUUUUUCCCACUCCUGGCUCAUAACCAUUUCUGCUUCUUUAGACAGUCAAGUAUUUUUUUCCUUCCUUUUUUUAUUGUUUAAACAUGGCAUGUGUGUUUUACAUUUGUAAAUAUAACUGAUUUCAAACUACUGAAUGCACCUUUGUAGGGAAAGCUCAUCCAUUGUUUCAAAACUGUUUAAAAGAGUUACGGUUGUUCACCCCAAAAUUAAAAUGCUCCACGUUUUACAAACUGGUUUGAGUUUCUUUCUUCUGUUGAACACAAAAGAAGAUAUAUUGAAGAAUUCUGUAGAAGAGGGGGAAAAAAACAGGCGUUGACAUUCACAGUAUUUGUUCCUACCAGGCAGAUAACCAGUAUUAAAAAAUUACGGUUUUAAAACCGUUGAAAUUUUGUGUUUUACCAUUCCUAAGGUAUUUGUUUUUUAACGUGUUUUUAUAACUAUUUUAAUAAGGGAUUUUUAGGGCAAAGUAUCUGUUUUUUAAGACUUUUUUUGAGGAAACUUAUCGUUUCGGGUUUUUACCUCUAUGAUGACUGUUUGUUUUAUGAACAAUUUAUUAAAUCCGUCUUAUCUUUCUGCAUUGUAGCUUGGUAUGAUAACCUGAGUUUGUCAAAAGAACAGGUUGAGUAGCCUUGUGAAGGUGGCUGGCAGGUCAUCGGUUUUAACCAAACUAGUUCAAUGGUAAUUUACCAUAAUUAUGUUUUAAAGAGAACUCCGAGUAUCCUAUGCACCCCAGAUCACCCAUUGUACUCUGUUUCGGCUGCUGCCAUUUUAGGGUUCCUAUUUGCAGGACAAAAAGAACUAGAAAGUCUUUUAUAAUGGUGGCCAUUAGGUCAUUAAAUGAGUCCAGCGGAGAGUGAGAUGCACCUAAAAAAUGUUGAUUUGUAAUAUCUUGUUAAUGUGUACAUGGAGCUUCACCUGUGUUACAGCACCUUGCUGCAAUUUUAGUUUCAGGAUAAUAAAGUUAAGUCUAAGUCUCCAGCAAAAGGACCCUCCACAUCAAAAGCUAGUGGUUAGUCCAAGAUUUAGGAAACAUUUAAGAAAGAAAUGGCUUAAAACUAACAUACAAUCAUGCUGUAGACAGUGCAGUGACUUGCUUUAUAUUCAAAGAAAAGAAAUAUAUCCAAAGAUGCCUUUUCAAGUUGUAAAGAAAUCUGUGGUUUUGAAACAAAUGAAGACAGCAGAAGUCAAUAAUUUAUUUUCAUUAUUUAGCUUGACAUGUUUACUGCUCGGCUGAUGCAGUGGCGCAGUAGGUAGUGCUGUCGCCUCAUAGCAAGAAGGUCGCUGGUUCGAGCCUCGGCUGGUUCAGUUGGCGUUUCUGUGUGGAGUUUGCAUGUUCUCCCUGCGUACAUGUGGGUUUCCUUUGGGUGCUCCGGUUUCCCACACAGUCCAAAGACAUGUGGUACAGGUGAAUUGGGUAAGCUAAAAUUGUCCGUAGUGUGAGUUUGAAUGAGUGUGUAUGGAUGUUUCCCAGAGAUGGGUUGCGGCUGGGAGGGCAUCCGCUGUGUAAAACAUGUGCUGGAUAAGUUGGCGGUUCAUUCCGCUGUGGCGACCCCAGAUUAAUAAAGCGACUAAGCUGAAAAGAAAAUGAAUGAAUGAAUGUUUACUGCUCCAAAAUAUUAUAAAUGUUAAAAUAACAUAGACCAUGUUCAAUGAGGAAAAAGGUUGUCGUUAGUUACUCAAACAUUUAAAAAGAGCAUAUUUUAAAGCAGUAAUACUGUGAAACCGUGAUAUAUUUAUCCAGGGUUAUCAUACUGUCAGAAUCUUAUACUGGCCCAUGCCUAGAUCCUACUGCUAAGGAUGCCAAUGGCUGCUUUUUUAACAUUAUUUCAGAAUAUCUUGUUUUGUGUUCAACAGAAGAAAGAAAUUCGAAAAGUUUAAAACCAGUUGGGUGUGAGGAAACAUUCUACAGGGAGUGAACCAUAAGUUUAAGUCUUUAUUUCAGUUUUUAACACAAAAGAAGAUAGUUUUGAACAACUUCAGUAGCUAGGUUGAUGCUAGCCGGACUUCCAUAAUAACUUUCUUUUGUGUUUAACGGAAUAGUUCACCUCAAAAAUGAUUAUUUACUCAACCUUCACUUGUCAUAAACCUGUUUGAGAUUGCAUUUUCUGUUGAACACAAAGAAGUGAUAGUGGAAAAAGAUAUCUUCAUAUUUUCUGAACGGUCUUUGAUUAUUUUGUGUCAGAUAACAUUAUAGGUCAGUCAUGGAUGAUAAAAACAUGUAGCUACAAACAUAAAUCAUAUGAACAAUCACUGUUCAGUUCACUUCACUAUUAUGUCAAGUGAAAAAAUGUAUUAAAUGACUCAGUCAAAUCUUCAAGAAGAGCCCCCUGUUUCCUCUUCUGUCAUGUUUUCUGGAUUUGCUUCUGCCUCCCGCUAUCCUGAUCCAGAGACAUUAUCUUUUCAAGAUCUCCUCUGAUCAGGCUCAUUAUCAGAUUUACUUGUGGUUCUAAAAUCUGAAAAUAUGCGUAACUGCCUCUUUGCCAUUUGAAAAUACAAAUAUUAUGUAGGUAGGCUAUUUAUAUAUGCCAUUAUGUAUUUUCGCUGCUCACGAAACAAUCACCAAGCGUUCUUUCACAUUCUCUCCGGCUCAAAUUAAGCUCUGAAAGUGUGU